AGAAGAAGCCGCGCCGGCUGCGCCUGGGCAGGAUGGCUCCCGCGCCUCGCCGGCUCCGCCUGCCGCUCCUCGGCCGCCUCGUCCUCGUGGCGCUUGCUUGCCUGCCCGCACUCUCUGAUUCCUUGGCUGUGAUGUCAGUGGACCUGGGGAGUGAAUCCAUGAAGAUUGCGAUUGUCAAGCCAGGGGUUCCAAUGGAAAUUGUCUUGAACAAGGAAUCUCGAAGGAAGACCCCCAUGGCUGUGGCACUGAAGGAGAACGAGCGCCUCUUUGGUGAUGGCGCCAUGGGAAUGGCUAUCAAAAGUCCAAAGGUCACUUUCCGGUAUUUUCAGGACCUUCUGGGCAAGCAUUUUAAUAACCCCCAAGUGGCACGGUACCAGUCAUGGUUCCCAGAGCAUCAGCUGGAGAAAGAUGCCAGGAGGGAGACGGUCAUCUUUAAUCUCUCAGACAAAUUGCAGUAUUCUCCAGAAGAGAUCCUAGGCAUGAUCUUGAAUUAUUCUCGGGCACUGGCUGAGGACUUUGCAGAGCAACCAAUCAAAGAUGCUGUAAUCACUGUCCCUGCCUACUUCAACCAGGCAGAAAGGAGAGCUGUCCUGCAUGCAGCAAAAAUGGCCGAUCUCAAGGUUCUGCAGCUCAUCAAUGAUAACACCGCUGUGGCCUUGAAUUAUGGCGUGUUCCGCAGGAAAGAUAUCAAUGCUACAGCUCAGAACAUCAUGUUCUACGACAUGGGGGCAGGCAGUACCGUGUGCACCAUCGUGACCUACCAGACUCUGAAAACCAAGGACUCAGGCAUCCAACCUCAGCUGCAAAUCAGGGGUGUUGGCUUUGACCGUGUGUUGGGAGGGCUGGGGAUGGACCUGCGCCUUCGUGACCAUCUGGCUCAGCUCUUCAACGAGCAGCAUCCACUCAAAGACGUCCGGUACAAUCUCCGGGCCAUGGCCAAGCUGCUGAAGGAAGCCAAUCGUGUGAAAACUGUGCUGAGCGCCAACGUGGACCAUGUGGCCCAGAUUGAGGGGUUAUUAGAUGACAUUGAUUUCAAGGCCAAAGUUUCCCGACAACAGUUUGAGAAUCUGUGUUCUGACUUGUUCGAGAGGGUGGCAGGAUCCAUCCAACAGGCCCUUAGCAGCGCUGAGAUGAGCCUGAAUGAAAUUGACCAAGUGAUCCUCGUCGGUGGGGCUACCCGUGUGCCGAAGGUGCAAGAAUUUCUAUUAAAAGCAGUUGGCAAAGAGGAGCUAGGGAAGAACAUCAAUGCAGAUGAGGCUGCUGCAAUGGGCGCCGUCUACCAGGCAGCUGCUCUGAGCAAAGCCUUCAAAGUGAAGCCUUUCAUUGUCCGCGAUGCAGCCAUGUACCCAAUCCAGGUCGAGUUCGCUCGUGAAGUCGAAGAGGAGGAUAAGUCUAAGAGUUUGAAGCACAACCGGCGGAUCCUCUUCCAGCGCAUGGCUCCGUAUCCUCAGCGCAAGGUCAUCACCUUCAACCGCUACACAGAUGACUUUGAAUUCCAGGUCAACUACGCUGAUGUGGGCUUCCUGAGCGAGAGUGACUUAAGAGUUUUUGGGUCCCUGAAUCUCACAAGGGUGAAGCUGCGUGGUGUGGGCGAGAGCUUCAAGAAACACCCGGAUUAUGAAUCUAAAGGCAUUAAGGCUCAUUUCAAUAUGGAUGAGAGUGGCGUGCUGAGUCUUGAUCGUGUGGAAUCUGUGUUUGAGACAGUGGUAGAGGACAAACCAGAAGAGGAAUCCACGCUCACCAAACUUGGGAACACAAUCUCCAGCCUGUUUGGAGGAGGCAGCCCUGGGCCAGAAGCACCUGACAAUAUGACGGAGACUGUUCAUGAGGAAGAAGAGGGUCAAGCAGAAUUUGGUAGCCAAGAUCAGAAGGAUCCUUCUGGGCCUGCUAUCGAGAAGAGCGAUAAGCAGCCACACGCAGCUCAGGAGAAGCCUUCUGGAGAAGCUUCUGCCACUGAGGACCAGCAGGAGGAGGAUGAAGGAAAGGGGGGCUCCCAGGAAACUGUGGAGAAGCCAGAGGCUGGCAAGGCGGAGGAGCCUGUGAAGAGUCCUGAGAGCAGCAACGGGAAGGCAGCAGAGGAGCUCGAGGAGGAGAAAAAAGCCAAGAGGCAGAAACUGGCGGAGGAGAUAGCUGCGGAGCUUGAUGUGUACGAUGUGCUGGAGCCGUUGCCUGAGGAGCUGCAAAGCUCCCACCAGAAGUUGCAAGAUUUGACGGAGAGGGACCUGGAGAAGCAGGAGAGAGAAAAGUCAGCCAACAGCCUCGAGGCCUUUGUCUUUGAGACCCAGGACAAGCUCUAUCAGGAGGAGUUCCAGUUUGUGUCAACCAAAGAAGAGAGGGAGGAAAUAUCCAGGAAACUGAGUGAAGCGUCCAGCUGGAUGGAAGACGAGGGCCACACGGCUCCAACGAAGGAACUGAAGGAGAGGCUUUCUGAGCUGAGAAAGUUGUGUCGGAGCCUGUUCUUCCGGGUGGAGGAGAGAAGGAAGUGGCCGGACCGCCUGGCUGCCCUGGAAAGCCUGCUGAAUCACUCCAGUAUCUUCCUCAGGGGAGCUCAAAUGAUCCCAGAGGCUGAUCAGAUAUUCACAGAGAUAGAGCUGAGCACUUUGGAGAAAGCUAUAAAUGAGACAGAGCUGUGGAAGAACGAGACCCUGGCCGAGCAGAAGCAGCUGCCCCCCACUGCGAAGCCCAUCCUGCUUUCCAAAGACAUCGAGAUGAAGAUUGCGGGCCUGGAUCGGGAGGUGCAGUACCUCCUGAACAAGGCCAAGUUUGCCAAGCCCAGGAAGAGGGAGAACGCCCCGAAAGCAGACGCAAACCGGACCACCUCCAGGCCUCCCGAGACCAGCAAGGCCAUUGCUCCAGAGGAGAGUCGGGAAGGAGCAGACCAGCCAGAAGACGCCAGCCCAAUCAAAGAACCCCCCAUGGAGGAGGAAGCGUCCCUGGAUAACGAACUGGACCCAGAUGGAGGCCCGCAAACAGAUAAGAAUCCAGAAACAAAAGAAGAGACCAGAACUAAUGAUGAAUUAUAACAGUUCCUCAAUUCCCUGCAUUCGUCAUCAACAUCUAUUUAUUUACAGUUAAUUUUGCUGUUUUUAUGAUGGACAUGGUUAGCGGAACAUGGCACAAACUGAUGACAAAAUGCAAUAGAAUUGUAUUUUUCCCCCUUUUGGUUUGGGGAUUUUGUUGUUGCUGAUUUGGAAAUUUUGUCCUGUAUCAACUCCUUUCUUUAACGAUGACUUUCACCUCUUUGGAAAUGUUUGCGGUGCCCUGUCCCAGUUUUUUCCCUGGGAUUGGCAUUUUUCAGUGGUGGAUUAAAUCUACCUGGAAUACUCUA